UGGAGCCAGUCACACAGAGAUAUGAUGAUGAUGAUCCAAGAAAUGAAAAGGUGUUUGCCUGAAGAGAAAAGGAGUUCCAGCAAGCCCAGUACCAUCAGUGCUCUCAACUAUGCCUUGCAGUGUGUCCAACAGGUCCGAGCAAACAAUGACUUUUUCCAGGCCCUGAAUGACCAAAGAGUGCUUCAGACAGGUGUGAUGACAUACAACAUAGAAGAUUUGGUCACAGUUGCAUCUGAACACACUCCAAAAAACACUGACACGUUUGUGGCUGUGUUCUCCUUGCUUUCUGGACGCAUAGUGCAUAUUUCUGAGCAGGCAGCAUCCAUUCUAAACUGUAAGAAGAAAGUGUUGGACUCCUCCCGGUUCGUAGAGCUGCUCAUCCCUCAGGAUGUGAGUGUCUUCUACACACACACUGAUCAGUCCCACCUGCCGCUUUGGAACAUGGAGAGUCAAACAGCUUCUCUGUAUGAAUGUGCCCAGGUGAAGUCCUUUUUCUGCAGGAUCAGGGGUGGUAAAGAUCAAGAACAAGAAACACGUUGCUACCCCUUCCGAAUCACCCCGUACUUGGUGCAUGUGUGUACUUCUGUCCACAUGGAUGCAGAAUCCUGCUGCUUAGCUUUGGCUGAGAAAAUUCACUCUGGAUAUGAAGCUCCUCGAAUUCCUAUGGAUAAAAGAAUCUUCACCACUACUCACACCCCUGGAUGUGUGUUUCUUGACAUAGAUGACAGAGCAGUGCCUUUGUUGGGUUACUUACCUCAAGAUCUAAUUGGAACGUCCAUACUGAUGUAUCUGCACCCAGAUGAUCGUCCUUUGAUGGUUGCUGUUCACCGAAAAAUCCUGAAAUUUGCUGGGCAACCCCCUUUUGAACAUUUGCCUAUUAGAUUUUGUACUCAAAAUGGAGACUAUGUCAUACUGGAUACCAGCUGGUCCAGUUUUGUGAAUCCUUGGAGCAGGAAGGUUGUGUUCAUCAUUGGCCGACACAAAGUCCGGACAAGCCCUCUGAAUGAAGAUGUCUUUGCAGCAAGAACUAAAGAAAUGAGCAGUGUUGAGGAGGAGAUAAGAGAACUGCAAGGACAAAUUUAUAAGCUGCUUCUGCAGCCAGUUCAUAGCAAUGUUUCCAGUGGUUAUGGAAGCCUUGGAAGCAAUGGCUCUUACGAGCACUAUAUCAGCAUAGCAUCUUCAAGUGACUCCAAUGGGAAUUGUGCAGAGGAAAUACAGGAACCGAUGACAUUGCAACAAGUUUGUGCAGAUGUCAACCGAAUAAAGAAUCUGGGGCAGCAGCUGUAUAUUGCAUCAAGGAGCAAGCCACAGAAUGGAAAUGAAGAGGCUGUAAGGUCAGAAAUGGUAGGAGGGAAGAGGCACACCACUUCCCGUUUCCUUCAGGCUUUGAGAAGUGAUAGCACAGAAGAGCCAGGCAACACAUUUUAUGAUGAUUCAAAGAAGACUCCAAAUGUCCCUUCCUAUCAGCAGAUCAAUUGUGUUGAUAGUAUCAUCAGAUAUCUAGAGAGCUGCAGUAUUCCAGCAUUGAAGAGGAAAUGUAAGUCAUCUGCAAAUACAUCAUCAUCAUCUUCAGAUGAUGACAAGCAAGUCCAGCAAAGUCAUCAGGAGCUUGAGACGCAGGAAGUUGAUUCCAAAACUCCACUAUCUGAUGACGGGGAAGAGAGAAUGAAAGAGCAGACAGCUGCAGGCAUGGUGGGAGGUCCUCUGGCAGACCUGACCCUGUGCAGCAAGGCUUCAAGUGUGGUGUCUGUCACCAGCCAGUGCAGUUACAGCAGCACUAUAGUCCACGUCCCACACCCUGAAUCAGAAGUGACUACGAUGGAGGAUACUACUGUUGGAAGUGAACAAAUUGAGCUGCCUCCAGUAAAUGCUCAGAGUCUCACUGUGGUACCUGAGGACCUAAAGCCAGUUGGGCUAACCAAAGAGACGCUGUCAGCUCACACUCAAAAGGAGCAGCAGAACUAUGUUGACAGGUUCCGCCAGAGGAUCUUGCUCUCUCCAUUUAGGACUUAUCUUCAACAGGGGAGCAGAAGUAACAACGGACAUUCCUGUGGCCAAGGAGAUUCCCCUUCAAAGCAGAUGAGCCCAGCUAGCUGUAAAAAAGGCAAACAUGGAAAAUUCAAGCGCCAGAAACCUCAGAGACAGUCCUCAGAUAGCCACUCUUCUAGUAAACAUAGAAAUAGUCUUCUGUGUGAGAAGAGGACAAUUCAGAAACAGUCAUUCUGUCCCUCAAAAGUGUCCUAUCUGAGUUCCUCCAAUAUGAACAUCCUUCCUCCUAUGGGAAUUCCUGUUUGUUCGGAGCCACUGUCUAGUUUUCCAGCUUCUUCUCUGAAAGAGGAGUUUGCCCCUCAUUCCUUAAAACCUGAGGCCAAGUCAUUGUUGCAAGUAUGCUGUGAAGCACAGUCAUGCCCAGUCUUUUAUCCCCCAAACAUAGGAACGUUCAUGGCUGUAUUUUUUCAGAGUUUCCCCAUGUAUGCUCAGAUGCCUCAUUGUGUCUUUCUUCCUAGCCCUCAGUAUGUUUAUCCUCCCUCUUCAUACCCAUGCACUACACUACCUCCAGCCCCCCAUCCUGUUGCUUCAUCACCAGUUGCUGCACAUUCUGUAGAUCAGCCCUUUCCAGCCUCUUCUGCCACAUCCAUGGAGGACCAGCAAGAGGGCCAGCGUCACCAGGCUCUGCUGCUGAAUAGCUCACGGAGCAGCUCCCCACUGCAGCUGAAUUUGCUUCAGGAAGAGCUGCCAAAACCUAUGGAGCUUUCCAUUAGUACUGAUGUUAAAGCACAUGCAGAAGCCAAAUGUGACAACAAUCCAGAAGAUAGUGGUAACAGUGCUAGCCAUUGUGCUUCUAGUGAAUUUACUGACCGCUUGCUAUGCGAGGACUCCCAGUCGGGUACAGGUUCAGCAGCACCAGGCAGUGGAUCAGCUUUAUCUGUGUCUUCAGGCUCUGGCUCCAAUGAGACUUCUGAAGAGAAGAAUAAGGAUGCGCAAGAACAAGGGACAGCUCAUAAAUCCAAACGUGAGUCAGCCUGGAUGAUGAUGGAUCACACACCUGAGCAAGUUCUGAUGACUUACCAAAUGCCAAACAGAAUUAAAGAGGAGGUUUUGAAGGAGGAUCUGGAAAAGCUGACAUUCAUGCGAAGGCAGCAGCCUUGGUUCACAGAUGUGCAAAAGAAGGAGCUUGCUGAGGUGCACACCUGGAUCCGGACCCAGACUGUCCCGCUGCAAAUCAGCACCCAAGGCUGUGUUACGUGUGACAUCGGGGAAGGAAGUUGUGAGGCUGCAAUGGCUGAUGACAAUGUGAAAAACGAAGGGAAAUCACCUCCACUCCUGCAAAAGUGAAGACAGCAGCACUUGUGUAACUAAAUCUGCUUGGUGCAAUUCCCAUCUUCUUUUCAUCUGGCUCUGGCUGUCUCUUCCCAAAAUGAACAGUCACAUACGAAACUAAAUCUUCCUCUAUUACCCCUUCACUUCUGGCAUGACUCUGAAGACAAUCUUUCAUUGGGAAGCUGUUUCCCUUUGUGACCUCACAGAAUGGGUUGUGUUUCUAACUUUUGAUUGCUCGAUGAGGAAAAUACAGAGGUGUUUUGGGAUUGAUCGGUUUGUCUGAACUUCCCAAGAGUCUGGAAAGAUGCAAUGAUUAAGAACCUAAAGAGGUACAGCAUGUUUGCUCUCCAAGUGAGGUAGAUGUGUUGGAAUCAGCAUUGAAACUAAACUACAGCAAAGUGUUCUUCGUUUUUGUUUAUCCAGUAUUUAAAGUUCUAAACUGAAGAUCGUAAUACUAUGCGGCUCUAAAAUCAUUGUAGCUGGUUUAAGAAUCCACUAGGGGGUUUAAUGAGAAGCUGAAAACUGGCCAAGUUACUCUGCAUCAAAAUGCCUUUCACCAGCUUGUGCCCAUCUGAAAAGUAAACUGAAGUGAAAAGCAGAAAUGCCACUCCCUACGUGUGUUAUGAUGAGUGUUUUGGAACCUAACCGGUGUUUAGCUUUUGCUUUUAAAGCUGUGUUUCUGGAGAUAGAUGUUUAAAAUUAAUUGAGGGUAACUGCUUUGCAAAUCUGCUAGAGAUUAGAUGAUAAAAAACAAUCCAAAAAACAGAAGUAACAAUUCAGGAGUUAUUUCCUUUAUAUAGGAUCCGCUUUAUCAUAAAAGACACAUGGGAAACCUUCUCUACCCUGGCACUGUAGCCUACUUAUCAGUUCAAGUAGCUGUGUGCAAUCUUUGAUCUUAUGUUGCUAGCAUUCUGGAAGGCAGAUUCGUGUCUUAAUUUUCUUGUUGUUGUAUUAGAGUACUUAGGGAAGUGUAAUCCAGACAUAGCAAAUGGAAGGACAUUUUAAACAGUUUCCCUGUUUUUUGUUUCUAUUGUGGUGAUGCCAAAACCAAAAAGAGAUUGAGCUUUGUUUAUUCUGUUUUCUUGAAACAUCGAAUGUAUGUAUUAUUUCCUACCACUGUUAACCUUCUGUACAAGUUUUAACUUCUUUAUAAUGGAGUUUCUGGGUGUUGAAAUCCAUGGAUGGGAAAAUGAGCUUGUGCGCAGCAUGAGUUUGUUGUUACAUAACUGCUUUCAGUAUGUAAAAGGACUUCCGGUGUUAAUACUUCCAGCUUAAAGCUGAAUGUCUCAUAAAAUGCUCUUCAAACAGGACACAAUUCACUAAAAUUCACUAGCAAAUUUUGUCUUAUCUCCCCUUUGUUUAUCAAAACCUGGAUGUAAUCAGAUUUUCCUUGUGCUGUUAAUCACCCUAUCGUUCUCAACAAAGUGUUUUAAGAAUGUCAUAGGUUACUCAUCCCUUCCUUCAGUGUCACUCUUCCUUUUCUGCUAUGAAGGAUUUUCACUUCUUCAGUUUUAUUCUCAAGGAAGCUUCGAGUUGCUAAGUUAAAAAUACUGUGAUCUGCAGAUCAUUGAAAGAAGGCUCUAUUUAUCUAAAGGUUUUUGUUACUUAGAGUGACAAUCUUUGUCACUAAAGCUUCUAUCAAGCAAAACUAUUCCUGUGGGAGUUCAAGUUUUCAAGGCUAGUUUAUCCCAGGCAUCAUUCUUUGGAUUUCUUUACGGUGUGCUCACCUUGUCUGUUCAUAUCUUUUGUUUUCUAUUCAUUCUUUCUCUUCUUUAUUUGUUGUUCAGUUUUUUCAGCUUUGUUUUUUUUCUUCUGGUGCAAAUCAGCAGA